AUGGAGCUGUCUGUACAACCCGUGUCGGGACAAUGGCCAGCAACGGUUUCUGGUGGACAGGCUGGGAAUCUGGAAAAUGCACCGAAGUGCCCUAAACAUUGCUGGCCGCCGCUCUCGCUUUUACCUCGACCUCGGUUUUCUCAGCCAGUGCACUAUGCUGUGAGGACAAAUUCCUCAAGAAAUCGGGAAACCCCCGGCCACGAAUUCACGCUUUGCUACCGCAGCUCCGGCGCUGCAUCAAGCGUGAGAAACGCACUCACCAGCACCUGUCGGGCGUGUUUGUACGAGGCUGCAUCUCAAAGAAGAGGACCGGUUUUUGCGCGUAAGGCAUUUAAAUACUCGGACACAGAGAGCCGAGGGAAUGCUUUUCCUGCCUGCGUUGCCGAGAAAACUUGCAGACGCUUCUCGCCUUCACGACGCACGGGGGAACAAUGCCAGUUUCGUCCAGGAGUCAAAAGACGUCGAGAAGACUCGAAAGAAAACUACAAUCGCGUCCUCUCCGCUGCUCUGAGAUCCCUUUACGUCGCUGCCCAACAGUCGCCUUCCCCGUACUCACCGUGGAGGAGGCACCUCCCCAGAUUCUCCACUUUCGCUUUCUCUGGAAGGGGAUUUACGCCAUUUUUUUGCCACCCCUCUGACGAAUCCUCUGCGAUUUAUUCGCCUCGCCUUCUCUCGUCAAAGAGCUCGGCCACAGCGUGUGCCUGUUGCCCACCCUUCGUCGAGCCCAUUGAGAUUCUUGAUGACUCCGAGCAAGAGUCGGAAGACGUUGCAGUGCUUAUCAGCGACCUAGACAGCGAAGAAGAGAAGGGAAGACUGCACCAGCUCCAACAAUGCUUCAAGGAGCGACGCCGUCGAACGAGGCAGCUGCGCGGGGUGGGGAAGAAACUGAGGGCAGAAAAACCGGAGACUGGGGAAUCAGGAAAGAGGAAGGCCUCAGAUUGUGUUGAGGAAGUCGAUGUGAGGCAUCUCGACAUGGGAACAGGAGUGGAAGACUACGAAGACUUCUUUCAACUGAACGCAGACGAAAAGGCUCUGUGGCUUGCCCUCAAAUUCAUUCACCUUUAUCAACGUUGCGCAGAGAAAGUCGCAACGCCGGGAUCGAUGAGCCGCGCACUUCGUAAAAUGAAAGAAAUGGUCGAAAAUCUCUUCCCUUCCAAUGUCAUCGGUCCGGGCUCUCUGCGCGUGAUGCCUGGCUUCAGGUGCCUGUACACUGGACAGCUGAGCGCUGUUGGACUGCACUGCUCUUUCAACGAUCGAAUGUGCAUCGGCCAUGACGACGAGAGUUUGCCCACCGUGACUUCACUGCUGCUCAACGAUGACCGUGUAGAGGACUACAAUGACAUCAUUAUUGUGUACGGAGAGGAGAACGACGGGAAAGGUUACGGCGCUUAUCCAGGCGAUCAAAUGCUGUUCAUAGGCGGGACGAACACUCGAAACUACUCUCUGUGGAAUGCCUGGAAGCUGGAGUACCCCGUACGCGUGGUUCGAGGCUACAAGUGCAAAUCGAAAUACGCGCCCAGCUUCGGCUUCCGCUAUGACGGCCUCUACCGGGUCGUGGAAAUGCUGGCAGACUCGAACAACUCCCCAUGCGCUUUUCAUCCUCGAUCCCGUUCUCCAUUUUCUCCUUCACCUUCUUCGUCUUCUUCGCCGCCUUCUUCUCCUUCAUCGUCUUCUCAACUUUGUUCUUCUCCUUCUUCAUCGUUUUCCUCUUUUGUUGCUUCCGGUGCGGGGACGCGUUUCUGUCGGCGCAGUGAAGGCGAGUUUGAGGAGAGACGCGUUUCUCGGGAGUGGAAUUGCACCGAGAAGGCGACUCGAAGAGAGUGUUUGAGGUCCACAAAUACCGAAGCCUACACAGACCCUCAAACUUCAGACGGAUGCUCCUCGUUUUCCUCUUCAGUUCUGUCUCCCCUCUCCCACAGGCGCGCUCUCUCAACGCGGAACAGAUACGCGCUUCCUGCAAGAACACGACCUGCUCCUCCGUCUCCUGACUCAGACGCGGAUCUGUCUCUGUCACGAUCAGCUUCUAGGUCUCGUUCCUUCUCCCUGUGUGCGUCUGAGCUUCCCGACCGCGGUGGAAGCCAGGCCGUUUCUCUCUCCCACCUGCACUCCAGACUGCCUCGCGGGUGUGACGAGGAACCAAGGAAACAAACAGACUUGGGCCUGUCCGAGUCGCGGCGGAACUUUUCUCCGACCGAAGGCGAGAAGGCGGGGGAUCGAGUCUUCAGAGCUUGUUUUCCAUCUCGCGGUCCGUGUCACUACACUCAAGAUUCCGCGGAGUUUUCGGUCGUCCGGAGGAGCACCUCCCGUUCGCCUCAGGGAGGAAAACGUCUUCGAAGGCAAAACGUCUUUGCUUCAAAUUCGAUGUCGCACGCUGUGUCGGAGUCUCCGUCUCCACCUCGUGGGGAACGACGAAGCGCGUCUUCUCCGCGCAGCUCUGCCACACAAGGAAAGACUGCUUCGAGCUGCUCGUUUGCGCUUUCUCCACAGAGUUCGCAGCCGCUAAACGAAUGCCGCAGACAGACUUCAGAGUCGCGGAAAAGUCUGGACGUCGAGAGCGAAGUGGAGGCCAGAGAAUAUCGGAAACACGCGCUUGGUGAGAUGGGAGAGAACAACGGAUGUGGCCAGGUCUCUCCAGGCGGGGCGGGGUUUUACGCGAAGAGAGAACGGCAACACCUCGACGGACGAAGAGUCUUCAAAUUCGUUCUCGUGUCUAUACACCGGGACACCUACUUGCCUCCGGAAUCCAGAGUGCCAAAUCGAGACCUCGCGAUCUUCAAUCACAAACUUUUUGAGGACGACAAAGGGCUGAAGAAGGUGAAAGCACUUGCCUAUUAUCAGUCCCGCGCGCACUACAAGAUCCAAGAGCAGCUGCAAGCUUCGUUGCCAUCUUCUUUGAGUCGCAGCACGAAAGUCGUUCAGGUGUCGAGCGACUUGCCGUUCCGCUUCGCCGUCGCCAUUCCGCCAGUGCUGAAGCUCCCCGGCCAGACUCAGUCCAUUUUGUCAAACUUCCUUUGCAUCAUGGCGGCAGCCUACAAGAUUUACACGGAAAUCAAGCUCGCGGUGGAUCCUGCUGUGUCCGCAACUCCUUCGGGUGCUCUUCUGGCCGUGUGGAAGUAUCAAACAGCUGUCUCGGCCUUCGCCUCUCCACCGCCCCCGCAGGAGUCUUCCUUCUCCGAAGCAAAGCCUUCAGCGAAGUCUCCAAUCCAGUCCAGGUUCUUUGCUCCCUCUUUGACUGCGGUCGCGCCGCCUUGCUGGGCUCUCUGCGGCCUUCUGCCGCUGAAACUGCUGCUCACGCAUGUCGAGUUGGAGCUUCGAGAGUUGUCGCCAGAAAACAAAGCUAGACUAGUUGAACAGGCUCGCGUAGACUGCAGGCGACACCCGCCGGGAUACCUGGAAAGCAAAAGAGACAACGCCCUCCCGUCGUUCAGCAAAACCCAGGAGGACUUCGCAGACCUUCUGGUCAAGCUGAAGAACAAGACACGCGCUCCGGGACGGCACCGGCCUCUCGUGUGGACAGAAGGGAAAACUGAAAUUCUCGUCACCUCCGAACUCGCUAAGAUCUUCUCGCAUCAACUUCUCCCCCAGUCUGCCACCUGCGGCAUCUACUCGAGCAUCGAACUGUGUAGUCCUCUCCCUGAUUCCUGGUCGCCUUGGGAAGACAUUUCUCAAGGAAGAGAGAAGUUUCCAGUUCCAGCCAUCAACGACGUCGACGACCUUCCUCCUCCCGUUGACUUCUCGUACCAAGUCCGGAAUGUGUGCUUUUCGCGAUUGCCAAACUUCUGCAUGUUGUGCCUCUGUGCCGGUUGCGUUCCUCCCGACAAAGACACGUCCACUUGGGAGCGCAUAGAAGUCGAAGGUUACAGUUCGGGUCUAAGAGAUCCCGAGACUGGCCGCGUGUAUUGCGCCGGGAGCAACUUGUCUUUUAUCCAAGAGACAGCGACGCUAGCCGUCUGCACUUCCUACUGCUUAUGCGACAAAUCCAUAUGCAGGAACAGAUACCCGGAAGACUUGGCAUACCCUGUCAUGGUUGCCAAGACCAAGCUGGCGGGAUGGGAACUGCGUACCCAGGUGGCAAUUCCUUCGGGAGCAUUCAUAAUGCAGUAUGUGGGCGAGAUGAUGUGCCGUGCUACGAUGGAAGGUCGAAGUCGACACAACAGCCGAAGAGGAUACCACAACUACUGCAUGGAAAUCGUUCAAGACGAAUGGGAGUGGGAAGACAACUGGAAGCUUCCCUGCAUCGACUCUCUGUUUCUGGGGAAUGCAAGUCGGUUCCUAAACCACUCGUGUGAGCCCAACGUGGAGGUCCGGAAUAUUUGGAGAGGGCCUUUGUUGCCGAUUGUCGGCGUGUUUUCUCGACGAAAAAUAAACGCCGGCGAGGCCUUGACGUACGCGUACGGAUCAGGGUAUGAAACGAUAAAGUGUUGGUGUGGAACAAAGGCCUGCAAAGGCUACAUUGGAGAUCGUUUCGGGGCUGAGGGAAAAGAAGAGGGAAAACGUGGGGCGCGCGAGCUCAGACAAAAGUCGCGAAACGCAACACAUGCCGGAGCAGAAACGGCAUUGGAAACUGCCGAUUUCUCAGACGAUGAAACUAAGAAAAAAGGAGGGCAUCAUAGCAGCAGUAAACCAAACUGCAGAGGCAGGUAG